AUGUCCCAGAAGAGCUGCAAAAGCCAGUCCACAGCCUCAUCCUCUCCAAGUCUCCUGGAGGUGAAGGAGCGGGAGUCCCUGUCCCAGCAAUUACAGGCCACCAGUUCAAAGAGCAAGGACUCCCUCAGCAAUCUCGAGCUCCCCCACAGGACUCUGGUGGCCUCAGAGUACCUGCCUUUCUUUCGCACCUAUGAGCAGCUCCAGGAUGAGGAGGAGCUGGCCCCACAGGCUGAGUUUCUCAGGGACCAAGGAGGCUGGAGUACCCCAAAGACACCGUUCCCAAAGGACUCCGAGCCACCCAGCGGGUUCUGCCCUUACUUCCGCUCAGAGGAGGAGAGCCUCUCCAGCCUAGCCCCUCCCAACGGGUGGUGCAGGGGCCCCCAAAGCCCACUCCCCAACAGGGAGGCACAGGGUGGCUGUUUCUGCAGGAUGACUGUUAGGGACAAGUGCUCUGCUGUCUCGGUGGGCUCCGACCUCCUCUCUGGGUCCUCAUGCUCCCUGGGCUGCUGCCCCAUCCUGCUGGUCUCAGAGGGAUGCUCCCGGGACAGCAGCCUGGGCAUCACUGUCUGCAGUAGCCAUGACCUUGGAGCCGAGGGCCUAGUGCCCUACUACAGAACCCUCGAGGAGGAGCUGCGCACCAGCCCGGGGCCUCCUGUCUCUCGGUCAGGGAGCCUGCGGCCCUCGGGAGCUGCCUGGGCCCAGUGCAGCCACACUGUGAGGAAGCAGCGGCCCCUGGACACCAGCCCCUGGCACCCGCGGUCAGUCCUUUCAGGGCGUUACUGA